AAGUUUAAAACAUGGUUAUCCUGAAUGUGUUUUUUGCGGUUACAAUAGAACAGUGACUAGAGAUGGAAGAGAUUGUAUUUCAUGUAAUAAUACAAUAUGUGAAUGUAACACUAAUGAAAUACAAAUGGAUAGAGACAUAAAUGGUACAUUACUACAUGUUAUGUACUGUUUUCCCUGCCCUAAGAAUACUUAUCCAUCUUUGGAUGGGUCUAAAUGUUUAUCCUGUGAUGAUUUUGAAUAUGAGUAUUACAUAAAUUACAUAUAUUUAUCAAAAUAUUACACAUGGAUAUAUAAUCAUUGUUUAUAUACAAAUAUCUUACCAAAUGAUCAAUAUCCAAACAUUACAGAUGUAAUAAAAUAUAAAAAUCAGAAUGUCAAUGAUGACAAUUAUUUUAGAAAACAAAUAGAAACUGCAUUAUAUUUAUGUAAGCGGAAACAUAGAUCAGCAUGUGAACACUUAUCAAAUUUGUGUGCUUUGAGCUUCUAUAAUAAUAAAAUUGCUUGUGCAUUAUUUGUACAAAUACAAACAACACAUGUAUGGUUGUUUUAUAAUAAGAAUGAAACUGCAUCAGUACUAAAUAGCAAAAAGAUUACUCAAAAAUAUAGUUUAUCAAGAAAUAGUAAUGAUAAUUUAUUGAAUUUUACAGUUGCAACAUUUUCUUUAUAUGGUAAUCUGAAAUCGUUUGAUACACCUGACAUGCCUUGUAACUUAUUAAAAAAUGUUCAAUUUGGUGUAAACUAUAAGAAAAAAUGUAAACUCAGAAUCAAAGAUUUAUUGUCCGCAGAAAUGGAAUUUAUAUCUCCCUACUUAACAUUUAUAGAAAAUAAAAAUGUGUUAACGCAUACAUUGCCCGUGCUUAUCAAAAAUAUGAAUCGAAAUACUAAUGAUAUAUUACAAUGGCAAUUAGUGCGAAAAUUUUUUCUUAUUGAUAACAUUAGUGGCUAUAAAACAGUACGUUAUAUGAAAUCUCUAAAUAUUAUUGUUAAUGUUCAAAGUUCAGAAGCUAGAGAUAAAAUAUUUCCACCUUUAUUUAUUGUUGAAUAUACUGACAUAACACAGGAACAAAUCAGUAAAAAUACUGAUAUUACACUGAAUUAUAAAAUUAAAUUUGUUCUAAAAAACAACAGUAUUAGCUUUAUUUUUAAGAUAAUCAUAGGAAUUUUCUUAGGAUUAGCUAUAAGCUUCUCCGCUAUAAAAACAUGGAAUCACAAUAAACAACACUGUAUUGUUUUUUCAUAUAUAAAAACACUGUUUUGGUUAUUUAUUUAUGCUGUGGGUACUGCAGGUACAACGAUUAUUAUAAGUUUAAUCAGCUUAUGUAUAUACAUAUUUAUAUUUUAUAAAGGGCAAACAACACCAUACAUAAUAUUCUCUGAUGAUAUUAGUGAAAGCAUCAUUAUAGCAUUCACUGCAAUAGCAUUUCUUUUUAAACUUGUAGAAAUAUUUGGUUUUAUUUGUCAAUGCUGGAAUCUGAAAAUAUUUUUCAUUGAUUGGGAACAACCAAAAACUGCAAUUAAUCAGUUUAAAUAUGAUCGUUCAUAUAUUCCUUUACAUAAACUACAUACAAACAAAUAUUCAAAACAUAAACAAAAACCUUUCCCAAUACUAAAAGAUCUAACAACCAGUAAACAAAAGAAAUCAUUAAAUACAUUAGACAAAUAUACUAACAAUACAUUUAAUAAAGAUGGAGGUAAUUUUCCAGCUGUAUAUUCAUUAUCAGAAGAUUCUAUAGAAGAAGUAAAUGAACAAAAUAAUUUACAUGACUUAUCUAUCAGUAUUUGGAGAACAUAUUAUAUUGCCAAUUGUUGGCUAAAUCUUCAAACAAUACGAAAAAUAAAUAUUAUAGUACAGUUAUUUAUUGUUUUAAGUGUAUUUCAGAUCAUACAACUAUAUCCAUGGAUUCUUGCAAUACCUGAAAUACCAUCAAAUUUUUCCGAUGAGGAUAAUAAUUUUAUUUUGUAUUAUACAGUGUGUAUUUUGAUGUACGUUAUAAUAUAUUGCAUUCAAUGGUUAUUAUACAUUGGAUUUUAUGAAUGUUGCGUAACAAGUAAAAUGCAAGAAUUUAUAAAUUUAUGUUCUAAUGUAAAUAUCAGCCUACUUAUUUUACCAUACAAUUAUUAUGGUUUUUAUAUCCAUGGAAGGUCUGUGCAUGGAGUUGCAGAUAUAGAUUUGACUACUUUAAUGAAUAAUUUAAAAAGAGAAAAGAACAACUUGUGUGCAUGUAAAGGUCUCUUACCUGGAACAAUUGAACAAACAUUCAUACUGUCAUUAACAAAGGCAUUCAGAAUUGUUUUAACAGAUUUUUCAAAACAAACAAAAGUCAACUUAAAUAGUUUCUUAAAAACAAAUUAUACAUCUAACAAAAACUGGGAACAAAUUUUUCAUGCACAAAUUAAAUUGAAACAGUUUUUAUGUAAAUUUAUAGAUCAUUGUUUCAAAGAUAUGGAUUACAUUAUUAAAGAUCAACAAUUUUAUGAAAAAUUGUGCAACUUUAGGUUUUCUUGCAAUGAAGAAAAGUCAGUUUUUUACAUUGAUAAUAAUCAUUCAUUCGAUCAAGUAUUACUUUAUGGGAAUGAAUGGUUAAUAGCUACAUUCGAGUUAUCAGUAUUUGCUUUUAUGAUAAUUCUGUUGAAAGACUGUGUAUUAGCGAUAACAAUUACUGUAUUAAUAUCUAUGUUGCUAUUCCUAAUCGCUAAAUAUAAUGGGAGAAAAAUUUUAAUUAAUAAUGUACUACUAGAUAAAACAUUUUUAAUGUAAUAAUACUAAAAUAUCAAAUAGAAAAAACAAUUAUAUUCUGAAGUAUAAUUUAUUUUAUAAGAUACAAUUUAUACUACAAUAAGAAUGUUAUUUUUAUGUUAUUAUAUGUAUAUGUAGUUCAUUUUUCUAAAGCAAAUUAAUGAUGACCGCCUUCAUGGUCACCACCUCCAUGGUGACCAUCUCCAUGGUGACUGUUAUAAUCAAUUCCAAAAUAUUUUUCUAUCCCUAUUGUUAUUAAAAAUGCUGCGAACCCUAAUGCCAUACCUCUAGUAUUAGCAAUUAAUAAUUGUUUCUUCCUAGGUAUUCUUGAGUUUUGAUAACGCCAGACUUCAUUUCUUAGCCAAGGAUCUUUUAAUCCUUGUUUUGCUAAUUCAUCUUGAACUGCUUUAAGUUUUGGACAAUUUUCCACCUUAUAUAUAUCAGGGCUUGGAAUUUCUGGAAGUGGUCCAUGUCCAUGACCCAUUUUCUGCAAUUAAUUCAUAUAAUGCAAAUUUCGUUUAGAUUAUUUGAAUUAAAUUAUAUACAUAAUAUUAUAUUCUUAUAUUAAUUAUAUUAUUAUAUUAAACAAAUAAU